AUGGUUUUGAAUCCAAGCCAGCUCCAUGUCCUGCAAGCAUCGUUUGAACAGAACCCCUACCCGGUUAUAACGACCAGAGAAGAACUGGCCCAAGAGAUUGGCAUUGAAGAGUCGAGGGUCCAGGAUUGGUUCCAGAACCACAGAAGAAGACACCUGAGGAAGAGCCCGCUGGCCUCUGGGGCUGCCUCGGCCUCAGCGGCUGGGAAGCAGCUUCCCCCUCGGUCUCCAGGAAGAGUCCCCAAAGCGGCCAGAUGCAAGCGGACAUCCAUCAGCAGAUGGCAAGCCAGUGUGCUGGUGGAGGCCUUCCAGGAGAACCGGUGGCCAGGGAUCCAGACGAGAGAGGAAUUGACUCGACAAACAGGCCUCCCUGAGUCGCGAAUCCACACCUGGUUUCAGAACCGAAGAGCUCGCCAGGCGAAGGACAGGGCACCCGGGGAUUGCGGGGCCGGCAGCUCCCCUCAGAGGCCUGAGGUGCUGGCUGGAGGAGACCAAAGCACUGGGGCUGCUGGGCUGGACUCCCAGGCCAGCCAAGUGGGAGUCAGCCAGCCUGAAGGGGUCGUGACGGCCCAGCUGCCCCUGGCCAUGCAGAGAAGAGAGGUCUCCAGCGUCCUGGUGACAGGUGUCUGUGCCCAGGUGCAGCUGGUGCAGUCUGGGGCAGAGGUGAAGAGCCCUGGGGAGUCUCUGAAGAUCUCCUGCAAGGCAUCUGGAUACAGCUUUACUAGCUACUGGAUCAGCUGGGUGCGGCAGAUGCCUGGAAAAGGCUUGGAGUGGGUGGGAAGAAUAUACCCUGAUGAUUCUGAUAUGAGCUACAGCCCGUCCUUCCAAGGCCAAGUCUCCAUCUCCACAGACAACUCCAUCAGCACUGCCUUCCUGCAGUGGAGCAGCCUGAAGGCCACGGACACAGCCCUGUAUUACUGUGCGAGGGGCACAGUGAGAGAAACCACAUCCCGAGAGGGACGGAAACCCUCAGCCAGCUGUGGCUGCAGAGCAGAGCCCUCAGGGCCGCCUCCACCCGGGACUGCCCAGCUCACCACCAGAGGGAACACU